GUCAUGCUUGAAACGUCUUGCUCAAUCUAUAGGGACCCCCUGAAGUCAACUUUUAUCACAUCAGUUUUCAUAUCGAUAGGGAUAGUGAUAUCUUACAUACCUCAACAUGUCAAAAUCAUUCAAACAAGGUCUUCUGUUGGAUUAUCUCCAGUGUUUUUAUUACUUUCAUCAUUAUCAGGUAUUACAGCUACUUCAAAUUUGAUAUUGCUGUCAUUUAUAUCAUUACCUUGCUGCUCAGAAUUAUCAACUUUUGAAUGCGUCAAUUCACAAAUAUCGUUAAUACAAGUUGGGCUUCAAACGCUAUCAACUUUAUUAGUUGUCCUACUAUGCGUCCUAUUAACGAAUACUCCAGAUGAUUUUUAUGUCUAUGAAGAAGUUGCUAGAGCUUGGAGACAUAUAACUUCAUUUAUGAUCUUCAUGAUCAUCACAUUGAUUGUUGCAAGUUUGUUCUUUACAAAUGAUUCAAUUUUACUAUAUGCUAAAGUUUUGGGUGUAUUUUCCACAACAGUUGCUAUUAUUCAAUACUUACCACAAUUGAAGACUACGUGGACUUUGAAGCGGUCUGGUUCUUUGUCUAUUCCUAUGAUGUGUGUUCAAACCCCUGGUGGGUUUAUCUGGACUGCAACUUUAAUGCUGAAACCAGGUUCAAACUGGAGUAGUUGGCUGCCAUUUUUGACUGCUGCUACAUUACAAAGUGCCUUAUUGAUUUUAUGCUCUUACUAUGAGUAUUUCGCAGAAAAGGAAGAGGUUUUACUUGUUAACGAAGAUCAAUAUUACACAAACGAAGAUGAUUCAUAG